GCCGGCGAGCCCGGGGCGGCGGGGGCGCGGGCACACGCCGGACACCCGGUCGCGCGCGGCCGAGUCGCGAGGCGCCCGCUGCAGUGGCCGCGUCUCCGAGCAACAUGGCCGACAGCAAGGCCAAGUCUGCCAAGGCCGCCAACAAGACACCCCCCAAGUCCCCAGGGGACCCCGCAAAGGACAGGGCAGCCAAGAGGCUGUCGCUGGAGUCGGAGGGGGCCGGUGAGGGGGCGGCUGCUGCGGCGCCGGAGCUCAGCGCCUUGGAGGAGGCCUUCCGGCGCUUUGCCGUGCAUGGGGACACCAGGGCCUCUGGGAAGGAGAUGCAUGGCAAGAACUGGUCGAAGCUGUGUAAGGACUGCCAGGUCAUCGACGGGAAGAACGUGACCGUCACGGACGUGGACAUCGUCUUCAGCAAAAUCAAAGGGAAGUCCUGCCGGACCAUCACGUUCGAGCAGUUCAAGGAGGCACUGGAAGAGCUCUCCAAGAAGAGGUUCAAAGACAAGAGCAGCGAAGAGGCUGUCCGCGAGGUGCACAGGCUCAUCGAGGGCAAGUCCCCUGUCAUCUCAGGGGUGACGAAAGCCAUCUCGUCACCCACCGUAUCUCGGCUCACAGACACGACCAAGUUCACGGGCUCCCACAAGGAACGCUUCGACCCGUCGGGCCGGGGCAAGGGCAAGGCAGGCCGUGUGGACCUGGUGGACGAGUCAGGCUACGUGUCGGGCUACAAGCACGCGGGCACCUACGACCAGAAGGUGCAGGGGGGCAAGUAGCCAGCCCAGGAGCGGGCCCUCCUGCCGAGGCCUCCACCACCUCACACUCCGUUACAUUCCUGUGCUCCCCGGUCAGAACUCAGGAGUCUGGGGCCCGGGUGGCUGUGGGGCGACACCCCUGCCUGGGAGCCGGCGUGCUUCCCUCGGACCCCCAGGUGGGGCCCCUGAACUCACUGGCCUUUCGUAACUCCCCUGCCUCGUCCAGUGCCGGCCAUCAACACGUGGCCUUUUCCAGUGUCUCCCGGGAACAGACCACACUGGCCACCCGGCUUACAGGCCAAAGGGCCACUGUCCAGGUGCCGGUGGGCCACGGGGGUGAGUGGGACAGACCCUGUCAGCGGUGGUGCCGACGGCCUGGCCCGCAGACCCCUCCCAGGAGCCUCGAGGGCGGCAAGAGCUAAGUCACUAACCGCACCAAGAAUGAAGUGAACCCGGAACAGGACCAUGCGGGCGUGGGGAGGCGGGACCCGUGCUUGUGUGUGCACACGCACGCGCUUGCACACCCACGUCGCGUAACCAGAGGCUGGUGGGCAAGGGAGCAAGGGGAGCCGGCGGGAGGCUCCUCAGAGGACCAAAGGGACGGUUUGAAGUGGGCGCCCGAGGACGUCGGAUGCAAACUGUGGCCGGGCGACUCGCUCGUUGUGCUUUCUAAGAAGAAAGAAGAAACGUGCUGGUUCUCAGCACAGCAGAGAAGACCGGGAGUGCCCUGUAGCUGCCCCUCUCUCUCCUGCCGUCCACGUCUCCGGGGUCCACGCCUCCGGGGUCCACGUCUCCGGGUCGGGAGCCGCUGCGGGCUGAGGCUUCCCACGCAGGCACUCUGCUGGCAGGGGCGGGGGUCUGCGGCCCGGGGCCCUGCCCCGCACGUGGUGCCCCGGAGCUGUGGGUCGGCGUGGCUGCUCCCUCUUCACUGGCACCCGCACCAGCUUCGGGGACUCCGCCUCCACGGUGAGUUCUCUCUAGCCUCUCCCAACCCCUGCGAGGGCCGAAAACCACUCAACAGCCAGGCCAGGGGAGGGUCCGGAGGCCCACAGCGUUCGCUGGAACUUGGUUUCUCCGUGAGGCUGAUCAAGAGCAGAGGACGGUGGCCCCACAGGGAUGUGUCCCUUUGCAGAAAUGCAGCCAAGCCCGUGAGUGACUGGUGGGGCUGUGCGGUCCUGGCACUGGUCCUGGGAAAGGCCGCAGCAGACUGAGGAAGAAGCUUCCGGAGCCCGCCUGCCCCACCGCUGUCACAUGCCCGGGGUAGCAGCUGAAAAGACCAGCACCGUGGCGCCACAGGCACGAUGGUCACUGCUGGAGGUGGGGACGGUCCCCGCGCUCCCAUCGAGCGCGGCCCCUUCACCAGGCUCCUCGCGCGUGGGUCUCCCCUCAGACCCCCGGCACAGCCUCAGUCCGGGGUUGGCAGUGGCCUCGCCAGCAGCUUCCCCUGGGGGAUCAGGGACUUGCUGGUGCGUUAAAGCAGGCUCUGAGUCACUUGUAAAACCCAUCGCACCGCUGUCCACUUUCUGCCCCGGGGAUCCUGAGCGGCCUGGCAAGGCCUCCACGCUGCGGCGGGAACCAGGACAGCAGGACUGCGUGUGUGCUGGGGAGGGAGAAGCAGGCAGGACAUGGGACCCCCACCCUGCGCCCACCCCCCGUCCUCUCCCAGGCUGGACCCUUUUGAGGACCCAGAGGCGAGAGCGUGGGAAACGCACCUGCAGGCAACUGUGAACGCAACACGGUUUCUCCACGGCAAGCGCAUCGCACACCAGGAAGCUCCGUGUCCAGAGCCGAAGUGGUUUUCCUUCGUGGUUGUGGCGCAGGCCUCCCCUCCGGGCCCCGUGAGGCACCGAGCACCAGGGGUGUGGGGCUCCUCCUCCUGCCCAUCAGCAGCCGGGUCCCCACUGUCACAGUUGGUGAUGCGCGAGUCCAGCAAGACCUUGGCCCCCACGGUGUGCACACCCGGCGGUGAGCCAAGGGAGGGGGGUCCCCGUGCCGCUGCCUAUAGAGGGAGUGGCUGUCCCCCUGGCCCCUCUCGGCCCCCCUUGCCCCCAGAGCCGGGUCUCCAGGCAGAGCAUCCUGGGAGACUGCGGUCUGAACAAAAGAAGCCACAGAGCUGUCCCCGGGGACCCUGCCACGGUGCCCGCCCCCCAGCGGGAGGCCCCAUUUAUACCACAAACCAGUGCCGCGGCCUGGCAGUACCCAGUGGCCUGAUGGGAAACUCACAGAAGUGGCUCACUUCUGACGGACGCUCCCAAGUGCGCUCCUGACUGUUCCAACAGCACCUUCCCUUUGGGCUUGAGGGAGAACCAAGUGCACACAGCUUCCCCCAAACUCCCGGCACCGUGACCCGGCUGGCCACACAGGUGCUGGGGUCUUGCCAGCUCCCCUGCCCGUCCCAACCCCGAGGCUCCUCAGACAGCACCCUGCCCCAGGCACGGCGCCCCCGCCCCGGUUAGGCAGGAGGGAGAGGUGGCGAAGACUCUGUCCUGAGGCUUCAGGAGUCACCACUCCGUCGGCUCGAAGUCACCCACGCCGUCCAUCCCUGCACUGCGUGGCCCUGGUGCACAGAACCCCUGCUGGCACCACACUGCACACACGCACACACGCAUGCGCCCCUGUCGGGGUCUGAGUAGCGAGAACACACAGGCAGGGUGUGUGUCUUUACCGCAUGUUUUUAUGCUUCUACUAACCAUGGCUCCCUAAAAACCCCACGUCCAUCUGUGAAGAAAGGACAGCUCAGAGCAGGGACACACGGCACGUUCUGUCCGGGGGACUGGGCGGCAUCUCCGUGUCGGGAGGCAACCAGGAGCGGUCAGUAACACAGUUAGCUUGGCCAAAAUGAACUUCAAACCACGUACGUCUGGAGUGUUGUAGCACAAGGUGUACAUGCAUACUGGAGUAUUCUGACACCUCUAACAUCCUCAGUGCUGAGCUUGAGGCAGAGGAAAUCGUAUCAGAUGCGAGAAGCCAGAGACGGACGGCAGAAGGUACGCUGCCCCGGCACCCGGUCUGGGCUGCUCUGCCUGCACGUCCCACGGUCGGGGCUCAGCACAGGCCAUGGGCGCUGCUCUGACUGCUUGGGGGACAGGGACUGUGGCUAUGGCAGAGGCUGGUGCCCCCUUCCCAGCCCCUGGACUCCCCCGAGCUCAGGCACGGUGUGUGGCUGCUUCUGUGCCACCCCAGGUGGCAGGGAGGAAACACAACAUCUUCACUAUCUGGCCCUUUACGGGGAAAGCAUGCGCUGGCCCUGCCCUGGGGACCCAGCUCAGUUCCCCUGUCCUGCAGCCCGCGCCACACGGGACCCCCCAUCGUCACCUGUCCCAUGCAGGCCAGGUUGACAAUUCAGCUGUACUGUGAAGUUACCAAUAGGAUAGAAUGUCCUUAAACCACUGACCCUGAUUAGCCCCCACCACUGAUUUACUACUGAACACUUGGCGGAACUGGGCGGUUCAGGGUAUGGCCCUUGUCCACAGGCGUGUGAAGUGCGUGGCCCCAGGCAGGGCCGGGCAGUGGUCACCCUGACCUUUGAGAUGCUUUCUCUCUCCCUUUAGACUCUUGAAAAACCAGAUCAAGCCAAACAACAAAGGAAACCUGCACAACUUAAAAGAAACUUGAAAGGGAUCGUAUACUACUAGUUUGUACGAAGUUUUUUCAGGAAAGGGAAAUGAAUUUAUAUAUAUAUGCACUAUAUUUUUACACUGUUUUGUUACCAUUAGGGAGUUCUGAGUGUGUCACUUUAUCAGCGCAGUGGUAAGUAGUGUCCCUGUCGUGGGUGUCCUGACUCAGAAAGGCACAUCCGUGGGCAUUUAAGAGCCGCACUCACCAGGAAUGUCCAUGGCAUCGGGGUGGCCCUCCUCUCCCUCCCCAGAGCGAGACACGGUGUCACCGUCACCUGUCAGAGCUGCUGUACGCCUGGCUUGCAAACCUUUAGUGAAAGAGCUCAUGUCUGUCUGCGUAUUGCUCCUCCUGUGUUCGCUGCUGUUAACACUGUGUGUCCAAUCGGUAAAGUGAUGAAUAAAGGUGUUGAAAUGUGGA